AUGAUGAUCAAGUCAGCGUUCCUUCUCUGCUUUGCUACUGCUUUGGCUCAACAGGAGCCCCUCCUGGGCGAAGAGUCGUGUCUGUCAAAGCACGCGGCAGCAUGUUGCUCUAAGGCGGGUCAGGCUCAGGGCGUCGAGGUCUUAGAAGACUUCACUGUCAAAUACACCUGCCAUGUCUAUGCAAAUCCCUUUAUGGGCACAGGGUAUACAGUAGCCAAUGCUCAUGAAUGCGCCUCGCUCUGUGCUAGCAAUCCCUCUUGCAAGGCAGCUAUGUGGGAAAUCGUCGAUCGGAGCGGUCGCCGAGCAAAUUGCUAUUUCACGGAAAGCGAUGAAUACACCACAGUUAAGAACAGCAACUGGAUGUUGCUAGAGGACCCUACCAACACCGCAGAUCCUCCAGUUGAGCCUCCAGUUGAGCCUCCAGUUGAGCCUCCAGUUGAGCCUCCAGUUGAGCCUCCAGUUGAGCCUCCAGUUGAACCAUGUGAGGAAGAGAGGAGAAAAUGCGCCAGGGAAAAGGAUCUCCUGGAGGACAAGAAUCGCCAAUGCCUCAAGGAUAAAGAAGAACUUGCCGAAAGAAAACGGCAAUGUCGUGCUGACCACCAGCAAUGCAGCGACGAUAAAGCCGAGCUUGGGAUUGAAAAGCAGCUUUGUCAAAAUGACAGAGAUCAAUUGGCACUCAAUGUCACGCAGCAAAAAGAAACGAACUUUGACCUUCAGAACUCUCUCACAACCCUCAACUCCACUUACCAGAGCCUUCUUACUCAAUAUGAUAGCGAAGGAGUUCUGGGGAAAGCUUGUCGGAAGGAUAUGAUCAAUGCUGGUGAGUUACUUCACGAUCACUUUAAAGCCAAGUCGCUAGUAAUAGUACAUCAUCGCUAA